UGGAUUUUCGAACUUAAACCAACCUAUGUUAUAGAACCAAGGCCACCACUGUGUAAAGUCCUGACGGGUUGCUGCUGAGUUCAGAGGACCUUCUCAAAGAGAGACGAGAGAUUUUUCUCUGCAAAGUCCCAAACCAGGUGCUGUAGGAUACGAGCCACCACCUACCAUGCUCUCUUUUGCCCUGUUUGGGGGCCUUUUUGUCCUCAUUGGCACUUCUAGGGGCUCACACUCCUUCACUCACACAAUGAGUCCUCGCCUGCACUUCCGCCUGUACCAUGGCUGCUACGGAGACGUCAUGAUCAUGGAGACCCCUGGUAUCCCCUGUGAUAACACCAGGAUGAUUGCCUGUGGCAUCCGUGGUUCUGAGAUGUUUGCUGAGAUGGAUUUGAAGGCCUUACAGUCUUACCAAAUUCUGAUCAAAGAAAUUGGACUGCGGCACUGCGUGGACCCUGCUCUCAUUGCAGCCAUCAUCUCUCGAGAAAGCCACGGUGGAACCAUCCUGCUGGAUGGCUGGGACCACACAGGACUUAAAUUUGGCCUGAUGCAGCUUGAUAAAAAAAUUCAUCAUCCUGUUGGUACCUGGGAUGGCAAAGAACACCUUUUGCAGGCUGUUGGGAUUCUCACAGACAGUAUUAAGGCAAUCCAGAAAAAAUUCCCCAGCUGGAGUGUGGCUCAACACCUCAAAGGUGGUCUCUCAGCCUUCAAGUCAGGAACUGAAGCCAUUGCCACCUCCGCAGACAUACAGGCUGACUAUGUCAAUGAUGUUUUAGCCCGAGCUAAGUUCUAUAAGAAGCACGGCUUCUAGACAAAGCUCCAUGGGCGGGCCAGGUUGAAUUACUAAUAAGAAGAGAGCCUGACCUGAGCCUUGGACCUCCUCCCAGCAUCUGCUCAAGCCCCUGGAGCUUUGCUUGUGAGGGAUGCCUGACUCAUAAGCCAACCUGGGAGAUGGCGGAGAAACCCUCGAAUUCC